CUGCACACAACCGAGAGGAAGAAGACCAAGUGGAUCAUGGAGCGUAAACUGGAUCUUUCCCGUCUGAGUGAUGAAGAGGCUAAACAUGUGUGGGAGGUGAUCCAACGAGACUUCAACCUCCGGAAGAAGGAAGAGGAGAGGCUGAGUGAGCUGAAGACCAAGAUCGAGAAGGAGGACACGAAGCGAGAGCUGCUGGGAUCCCAGAACAACCUGUCUGACUCGCUUUGCAUCCGCUGCCUUCAGCCGUUCAAGUUCCUGGUCAACAGCAAGAGGCAGUGUCUGGACUGCCACAUGUACACCUGCAAGUCCUGCAGCCGCUACAACAAGAAGGAGCACGGAUGGGUGUGUGACAACUGUCGCAUGACCAGAGUAUUGAAGAUUGGGACUGUGGGUUGGUACCAUGACAACGUAAGGAACCGUUUCAAACGCUUCGGAAGUGCAAAAGUGAUGAGGUCGCUGUACAAGAGGCUGAACGGAGAGGGUGGUCGUGAUGACGACACUCAAAGUAUGCCAGACGUCCGUAGCCAUGUGUACAAUGGUACUGAAGAUGAUCCCGGAGAGGCUGAGGCUCAGCGCUACAAAACGAUGAGGAAGAGUAAACGCCUGCUGUCUGUUCAUCCCAUGGACUUCGACUCAGAGGAGUAUCUUCCUCAUUCACGUCGCCCAUCCAUGCAGCAGAUGCAGGAGGAUCGAUGUUACAGGAAUGAUGUGGACUACGACUAUUACAGCCACCGAGCCAACCGCAGGAAGAGCUUGGACCGAUACGCCAUGAGACACGACGACUAUGGAGAGAACCGUAUGAUCCGAACACGCUCUCUGUCUAAGAUCAGCUCCUCCGUCGCUCGACAGCAAUACGUCGACACGUCUGAUGAAGAAGAGUACCAUAGGUACCCCCCCACAUACCAACAACCCCCCCACCGCCGGAGAAACAGUAAAACCGCCUCUCAGGAGAACCUUGGUCAAGCCCCGCCUAUAAAUGAACUGAACAAGCGAAUGUCGGCCAUCGAAAGUCUCCUGAGCCGUCUGGAGGAGAAGAUGACACCUGUUGAUGAGGCAUCAACCUCACCAGGUCACACCGAGGAAGAGAAGCUGAGGAAGAAGCUGAGUGAGCUGGCGGGGAACCUGAGCGAUAAGGGCCUGUCAUCGGACGAUGAGGCCGGGAAGAAGCCACCCUCUGUGGGUAAAGGUUUGGCCGGCAUCAGGGGUGGCCCGGUCCCCCUGGACACUCCGAAGGACAAAGAGCUGAGCUCAUCCAGCGAUGAGAUGCCCACAGAGGCUCAGAAGGUGUACAUCACGGCCGGUCAGUCCUACGAGCUGGAGACCAAGCUGCGGCGUCUGGAGCAGAGUGCCAAGAACCGCUUUGGAGGGACCACAGACUCUGAGCUGUCGGAGCUGGAGGACGUGGUGGCUCUGACCGCUGCCAGGGUCCAGAGCGCUGAGAGCGAGGUUUCUGACAUUGAAAGUAAAAUCGCAGCUCUGAGUGCCGUCGGAUCCAAGAAGAAGGUUUCUGGAUCUCAUCAGAAGAGGAAGUCCACACAAGAUUUCCCCAAGAGCAACGGCACUCAGUGGAGAUCCAACUACAUGUUCUGAACCUGGACCAGGGUUCCUGCCUCUGGCUCCUCUUCAUCCUCAUCAGAUGUUCCACCUUCAUCAUGUGCACACAGCAAACACUGAGAGGGACGACGUUUUAUCUGUGUACGAUAGAAAUGAUCAAACUUCCGACUCUGAGAAGAGUCAACGUAACAAAACCAAUAAAAACACAAUCUGUUUUUAUUCUGUACGGCUCAGCCCAGUCCAGUCUAGCCUAGUCCAGUCCGGUCCAGUCUAACCCAGUCCAGUCCGGUCUAGCUCAGCCCAGUCCAGUCUAGCCUAGUCCAGUCCGGUCCAGUCUAACCCAGUCCAGUCCGGCCUAGCUUAGCCCAGUCCAGUCCGGUCUAGCCCAGUCCAGCCCGGUCUAACCCAGUCCAGUCCGGUCUAGCUCAGCCCAGUCCAGUCUAGCCCAGUCCGGUCCGGUCUAACCCAGCCCAGUCCGGUCUAGCUC